UAAUUUGGACAAGAAAAAAAAAGUGUGACCAUUUCAAAGCGAGGUUCUCGCAAACCCAAACCCAAUCUCUAGUCUCUUGCGAAGAGAAGAGAGAGAAGGAAGACGAUGGGUACGACGCUACAAACUGUUGUGACUGUGGUUCUUCUCCUUAUGUUUCUUCUCAUCAUCAUCUUCCUCUUUUUUCUCUUCAAACCAUGGCGCUUCUUCUGCUCUUCGCGUUUCCGCUCCUUCAUUAAGGGCGAGCUAGAGAGGCCUCUCGUUCCUAACGUAGAUGAUGCGGAUGCGUCACCGUGUAAUCAGAGCAAUGAAUUGCCUCGUGAUUAUGAUCUUGAGGGUGCUUGUUAUCCCAACGAAGCUCAUUUUCCUCGAACCCAUGGUCAAGGACUUGUUCAUAAGCAAAGGCUUCAGACACUUCCUAUUUCAUCUAACAUGCCACAAGGUGGUGGGGAUACACUCGUCGUCGAUGUCAUCUCUGAACCUUCUUCCGAAGAUGUUGAUGUUGGUCAAACACUUAAGUUCCAAACAGCUCAUGUAGCUCAAAUUGUAAAGCAUGACACACCCAAUUUUCAGAAUGAUAGAGUGCAAGACUUUGUGCAGAAAGAUAUAUCUGAUCAAAGAACUUGCCUCACUUUGGAGGUUAUAAGUGGACCUUCUCGGGGACUUCGUUGUUCUGUUCAGUCAACCAAUCCCUCUCGUCUGCCGCUAACUUUGGGAAGAGUUUCUCCCAGUGAUUUGUUGAUAAAGGAUUCAGAAGUGUCGGGAAAGCAUGCGUUGAUAAAGUGGAAUUUGGAUAGAAUGAAAUGGGAGUUGGUAGAUAUGGGCAGUCUGAAUGGAACACUAUUGAAUUCUAAGCCAAUCAACCAUCCUGACACUGGAAGUAGGCAUUGGGGAGAUCCAAUGAAUCUUGCUAAUGGAGAUAUCAUAACUCUUGGAACAACAUCACAAGUUGUUGUCCAUAUUACUUCACAAAAUCAGCAUCACAUUCCAUUUGGAGUUGGUAUGGCAUCAGAACCAAUGGCUUUGCGUCGAGGAGGGAAAAAGCUUCCUAUGGAAGAUGUUUGCUAUUAUCAAUGGCCUCUACCUGGGUUGGAUCAGUUUGGACUAUUCGGCAUUUGUGAUGGGCAUGGUGGAGAUGGGGCUGCCAAAUCUGCUAGCAAACUUUUUCCUGAGAUAAUUGCUACUAUAUUAUCGGAUUCCUUAAAAAGGGAGAGGGUUUUAUCUCUCUGUGAUGCUUCAGAUAUCCUUCGCGAUGCAUUUUGUCAAACAGAAGCAUGCAUGAAUCACUAUUAUGAGGGGUGUACAGCAACAGUACUUCUGGUGUGGAGUGAUGGUGACGAAAAUUUCUUUGCACAAUGUGCUAAUGUUGGAGACUCUGCCUGCUUCAUGAGUGUUAAUGGGAAACAAAUCAAGAUAACAGAGGAUCAUAAGAUAACGAAUCAUUCUGAGAGACUCAGAAUUGAAGGGUCAGGUGAACCAUUAAAAGAUGGGGAAACACGUCUAUAUGGUAUGAAUCUUGCAAGGAUGCUUGGGGACAAAUUCCUGAAGCAGCAGGAUUCCCGGUUCAGUUCAGAACCUUAUAUAAGUCAAGUUGUGCAUAUUAAUCAAGCUAGCAAGGCUUUUGCUGUUCUAGCUAGUGAUGGGUUAUGGGAUGUUGUCAGCGGGAAGAAGGCAAUUCAACUAGUGUUUCAGACAAAGGAGAGAUACUAUUCAGAGAGAGAGAAUGCAGCAGAAAAGAUUGCUAGUUUGUUGUUGAAUGAGGCUAAAACACUCAGAACAAAGGAUAAUACUGCUGUAAUUUUCUUAGAUUUUGAUACCUUUAACAGAUUCUCUUGUAAAGUUGAAUCCUAGUAUGAAUUAGGAAUAGUUUUACAGUAAUGUUACUGCAUAUUUUGUUCUCUC